AUGUACCAGCUUGAGAAGCUGCACUCAGAUAACCAAAAAUUCCUCAAAGAGCAUCCAGAUCUUCCAAAGCUAAACAAAUGCCUGCAGCGUAAGAUUGCAAUUGUUACAUGCAUGGAUACAAGAUUGGUUUCAUUUGUUGAGGAUGCUAUCGGAGUUAAACGCGGCGAAGCUACAGUUAUUAAAGCUGCUGGAAAUGGAGUUUGGACUACUGGAUUGAGCGAUACUGUUGUCAGCCUACUUGUUUCCAUCUAUGAACUUGGAGCGAAGGAGAUUUUUGUUAUCGGACAUGAAGCAUGUGGUAUGACUCAUGCUACAAGUGAUUCUCUUAGCCUUGCGAUGAUCAAAGCAGGAGUAAAGGUACAAGAUAUUGAGAAAGUUAAAGGUGAUCUUAGUCAUUGGGUUGAUGAAUUCAAAGAUCCUGUUGAUAAUGUAAAGAAGACUGUUCAAAAACUACGUGAAAAUCCUUUAAUUACCAAGAAUAUCCCAAUUCAUGGUCUUGUUAUCAAUCCAGACACAGGCAAAUUAACAACCAUUGUUAAUGGAUACAAUAAAUAA